AUGUCACAACAAAAUGACGAGGCAUGCCUUCAAUCCUCCGGAACUAAUAACGAAAUUGCUGAGGAGAACGUUGCACGAUUUCAAUCCCAACUAUCCUCUCAAUCCCUCGAAAUCAUUAAUCAUAUUUUUCCACAGAAAAUUCUUGAAUUAAGUCGAUUGUUAAAUGUUCAUACGAACUCGCGUGUCGGCUCCCAAUCUCUUGAUUACGAGGAAAGCUCGAUCUCACGGAAUUCCUCUUUCUCUAUUUAUUCAUACGUCGAUGUUCCCGCAUCUGAUCCUAUUGUUGGCGAAGGAUCGGAUAAUUCAUUUUCGCGUAAACGACCUAGAAAUGAUACUGAGGGUGAAGGCCUUGAUAUCGACUCUAAGAAAAUUGAAGAAAACGUAAAAGAAAAUCCUUGGUAUAAUGUAGUCGGAGAUGAUCAACCACCACCAAAUCUGGACGGAAAGGAUUACCAUUGCAUAAAAGAAUUACAAAAAAUUCUUGAAGAUGAAAUUUCUUGUUUGGUUGAGUAUUGUUGCAUACUUAGAGCUUGGAUAUUAUUUAAAUACCCAAG